GUUUCUAUAAAUACCCCCCCUAAAUCCGGUAGUUCGGUAUAUUUAGAGUAUUUUCUCAGCUCCGUUUACGACAUACUGUCGAUGUGUGUGGAUGAUGAGAAAUUAAUCGGUUUUUCCCCAAAACGUUGGGAGAAACAACUGUGAUCGAUAUUUGAGUUAUGCAUCCUUUUGAACGAACGUGAAAGAAGCAUAUAUAUGUAAUCAAGAAUUAACUUAUAUCAAUCAAAAGUUUUGAAUAAAAUUCCUGAGAUGGCAGAAACAGAAGGGGGUUCCGAGCAAGAUGAUGUUUCAUUCCUCAGAACGGAAGACAUGGUAUGCUUGUCUUGCACGGCUACUGGGGAACGAGUUUGCUUGGCCGCUGAUGGAUUUGGCAAUCGUCAUUGUUUUUUAGAAAAUAUCGCAGAUAAAAAUAUACCUCCAGAUCUUUCACAAUGUGUUUGUGUAAUAGAACAAGCUCUAUCAGUUCGUGCUCUACAGGAAUUAGUUACAGCUGCUGCAAAUGAAACGGCACAGGAGAAUGUAGGUAAAGGAACAGGAUCUGGACAUAGAACCUUGUUAUAUGGCAAUGCUAUUUUGCUCAGACAUCAAAACAGUGAUAUGUACCUUGCUUGUUUAUCAACAAGCUCUAGUAACGACAAGCUUGCUUUUGAUGUGGGUUUACAAGAACACAGUCAAGGUGAAGCAUGUUGGUGGACUGUACAUCCAGCCAGUAAACAGAGAUCUGAGGGUGAAAAAGUUCGAGUUGGUGAUGAUGUGAUAUUAGUAUCAGUUGCAACUGAAAGAUAUUUGCAUACAACAAAAGAAAACGACAGAUCUGUAGUAAAUGCAAGUUUUCAUGUGACACAUUGGUCUGUACAGCCUUAUGGAACAGGAAUUUCAAAAAUGAAAUGUGUGGGCUAUGUAUUUGGUGGAGAUGUCUUGAGAUUUUUUCAUGGGGGAGAUGAAUGCCUCACAAUUCCAUCUACAUGGAGUACGGAACAAAAUAUUGUAGUUUAUGAAGGUGGAAGUGUCAUGUCUCAAGCCAGAUCACUAUGGAGGUUAGAACUUGCUAGAACAAAAUGGGCUGGUGGCUUCAUUAAUUGGUAUCAUCCAAUGAGAAUAAGGCAUUUGACGACAGGAAGAUAUCUUGCUGUCAAGGAAAAUAAUGAACUCUGUCUUGUUAGUCGGGAAGAGGCCACAACUGCUUUAACAGCUUUCUGUCUUCGACAGGAAAAAGAUGAUCAAAAAAUAGUAUUAGAAGAUAAAGAUUUAGAAGUUAUAGGCUCCCCGAUCAUAAAAUAUGGUGAUUCUACAGUUAUUGUACAACAUUCAGAGAGUAGUCUAUGGUUAUCCUACAAGAGUUAUGAGACCAAGAAGAAGGGUGUUGGAAAGGUGGAAGAAAAACAGGCAGUUCUCCAUGAAGAAGGAAAAAUGGAUGACGGACUGGAUUUCAGUAGAAGUCAAGAAGAAGAAUCAAGAACUGCUAGAGUUAUAAGAAAAUGUAGCUCCCUCUUCACCCAAUUUAUCAAUGGAUUAGAAACAUUACAAAUGAACAGAAGACAUUCAUUGUUUUUUCUGACCGUGAAUCUCAAUGAAAUGGUAAUGUGCCUUGAGGAUUUAAUCAAUUAUUUUGCUCAACCUGCAGAUGAUAUAGAACAUGAAGAAAAGCAAAAUAAAUUGAGAGCAUUGAGGAACCGUCAAGAUUUAUUUCAAGAAGAAGGCAUCCUGAAUUUGAUUCUGGAAGCUAUUGAUAAAAUAAACAUUAUUACCUCUCAAGGCUUCUUGUCAGCAUUAGCUGGUGACCAUAACUGGGAAAUGAUUUCUGGUUAUCUUUAUCAACUUUUAGCUGCUAUUAUCAAAGGAAACCACACCAAUUGUGCUCAAUUUGCCAAUUCCAAUAGAUUGAACUGGCUCUUCUCUAGGUUAGGAUCACAAGCAUCUGGUGAGGGUACUGGAAUGUUGGAUGUACUCCAUUGUGUCCUUAUAGAUUCUCCAGAGGCUUUGAAUAUGAUGCGGGAUGAACACAUCAAAGUUAUUAUAUCCCUUCUGGAAAAACACGGCAGAGAUCCCAAAGUCCUGGAUGUUCUCUGUUCACUUUGUGUAGGUAAUGGGGUGGCAGUUAGAAGUUCUCAAAACAACAUCUGUGAUUAUCUAUUGCCUGGGAAAAACCUACUUUUGCAGACUCAGUUAGUCGACCAUGUGGCUAGUGUGCGCCCUAAUAUUUUCGUAGGCAGGGUGGAAGGCAGUGCUAUCUAUCAGAAAUGGUAUUUUGAGGUGACUGUGGAUCACUUGGAGCAAACGAGUCAUAUGCUGCCGCAUCUGCGCAUUGGAUGGGCUAAUUCCAAAGGGUAUAUGCCGUAUCCUGGAGGUGGUGAAAAAUGGGGUGGAAAUGGAGUUGGAGAUGAUCUGUAUUCUUUUGGUUUUGACGGGGCCUUUUUGUGGACUGGAGGAAGAAGCACUCAAGUCAGAAACAAGAAUACUGAACCAUAUAUCAGAAAGAAUGACGUAGUUGGUUGUGCCUUAGAUUUGACAGUGCCAAUCAUAACUUUCACAUUUAAUGGAGUACCAAUCAGAGGCAGUUUUAAAAAUUUCAACUUAGAUGGAAUGUUUUUUCCUGUGAUAAGUUGUUCAUCAAAACUGAGUUGUCGUUUUCUUCUUGGCGGUGACCAGGGAAAAUUAAAAUAUGUACCUCCGGAAGAAUUUUCUCCACUUGUGGAGAGUCUUCUUCCUCAACAAGUGCUUAUGCUGGAACCAUGUUUCUACUUUGGUAAUAUGAAUAAAACCGUACUGGCAGGACCUUUAAAUGUAGAGGAUGACACUGCUUUUGUCCCAAACCCAGUAGACACUUCCAUGGUCUCCCUAACAAAUUAUGUUGAGUCCAUCAAAGAUAAGCUGGCAGAAAACAUCCACGAAAUGUGGGCAAUGAACAAAAUCGAAGCUGGUUGGCAAUGGGGUGAAUACAGGGAUGAUAUGAGGCAUGUUCACCCAUGCUUGGUUCCUUUUGAUAAGUUGCCACCGGCGGAAAAACGUUAUGACUCGCAAUUAGCUGUUCAGACUCUGAAGACUAUAAUAGCUUUAGGUUAUUAUAUAACUAUGGAUAAGCCUCCGUCCAGGAUUAAAACAGUUCGCCUUCCAAACGAACCCUUUAUGCAGGCUAAUGGGUACAAACCUGCUCCACUUGAUUUAGGUGCUAUCACUUUAACUCCCAAACUAGAGGAAUUAGUUGAUCAAUUAGCAGAGAACACUCACAACCUUUGGGCGAAAGAAAGAAUACAGCAAGGAUGGACCUACGGUCUCAAUGAGGAUUCCGAAAUGAUGCGUAGUCCCCAUCUUGUACCAUAUAGUAAAGUGGACGACGCAAUCAAGAAAGCAAACAGAGAUACAGCCUCUGAAACCGUGAGGACUCUUUUGGUGUACGGUUACAAUUUGGACCCUCCCACUGGCGAGCAACAAGAGACGCUAUUGGCCGAAGCCAGUAGACUGCGUCAGUCCGCCUUCAGGACAUACAGGGCGGAACGUACCUAUGGUGUGUCGUCGGGUAAAUGGUACUUUGAAUUCGAAAUUCUCACUACUGGACCUAUGAGAGUUGGCUGGGCCAAAGCCGAUUGCGCUCCUGGACGAAUGAUCGGUUCAGACGAGAACACUUGGGCUUUUGAUGGAUAUAACGAAGAAAAGGUCUAUUGUAACACAGCUGAGUCAUUUGGAAAACAGUGGCAAGUGGGUGAUGUCGUUGGGGUUUUUCUUGAUCUUAUCGAUCACACCAUCAGUUUCUCACUGAAUGGUGAACUUUUAAUGGAUGCAUUGGGUGGUGAAACUACAUUUGCAGAUGUACAGGGUGAAAAUUUUGUACCCGCUUUUACAUUACAAGUUGGUCAGAAAGCUAGAUUAUGCUUUGGCCAAGAUGUUACCCAGUUAAAAUAUUUCACAAUGUGUGGAUUACAAGAGGGCUAUGAACCAUUUUGCGUGAAUAUGAAUCGAAAAGUUACUUAUUGGUAUACAAAGGAUCAACCCAUAUUCGAAAAUACAGAAGAUUACCAAGACACCAAAAUCGAUGUGACAAGAAUACUUGCAGGGUCUGAUAGUCCUCCUGGUCUGAAAAUCAGCCACAAUACUUUCGAGACUAUGGAAAAGGCAAAUUGGGAAUUCCUCAGAUUGAGUUUACCUGUUAUCUGUCAUUCAGAAUUUAUUACAGAGGAAGAAAAGAAAAGAAGAUGGCAGGAAAUAAAAAUGAGGCAGCACAAGUUACGGACUGAAGCAGAACAACAGAUAACUCCCGCACAUAUUGAACAAAUAAUGAAGAGUGGUUUUUCAAUUAGCGAUUUGAAAGGUCUUCAUCGAAACUAUGAGGAAGCUGGUGAAUCAGACGAAGUCAUGAAAUCAGGAAACACAAACAAGUCUGUAAAAUCUCCUUCAAGGCCACCUCGACGAACAUCUCUAACCAGGAAUGGACCAGAAAAUGGAAUUGACUCCAGAAGAAUUGGUAGCGAAUUGGACUUGCAACGUUACAAUGACAUUUCACCUACAAAUCUGGAUAAAUUUGACGAUAGAAAGAAGCGCGGAAGAUCACCAUUUAGAUUCUUCUCGAAAAAGAGAGGUGCAUCUAGUGGGGACCGUACUGAAAGAAAGAAGUCGAAAACCCCGGAUUUGGAAAUUAACGGCAUGACGAACAGUUUAUCCCCCCCUACUAGGUCUCCUCAAGGUGGUCACUCACCAGGUCAGGCUAACUCAUCGCCUAAGUUACAGAGAAGUCCCACCAUAAAGAACUCUCAGAGUGAUCUUCAUUCAACGGGAGGCCAACAAAAACAAUUGUCUAUUCCACAAACCUCUGGUAUAGAAGUUUAUGGAAACGAUAUAUAUGAUGCAGAGUGUAUGAAACUCAUCAAUGAAUAUUUUUAUGGUGUACGCAUAUUUCCUGGUCAAGACCCUUCGCAUGUUUAUGUAGGUUGGGUAACAACCCAAUAUCAUCUUCAUUCCUUGGAUUUCAACCAGAGUCAAGUGUUGAAGUCAUCUGUGAUCUUAACUGAUGAUUACAAUAGGGUUAUAGAUUGCGUUGAUCGCCAUGCCUGUUACAUGGUACGUGCUGAUGAGCUAUAUAACGAGGUAUCUCAAGAUGCCUCGGGUAAGGGAGCAUCUCAAGGAAUGUUCGUUGGCUGUUUCUUAGAUGUGGCCACUGGUGUUAUCACGUAUACUUGCGAAGGAAAACCAACGUCCCACGUUUUUAGGAUGGAGCCAGAGACGAAACUAUUUCCGGCUAUUUUCGUCGAAGCCACAAGCAAAGAGGUUCUCCAAAUCGAGUUAGGCAGAACUCUGACUACUCUACCACUCUCCGCUGCUGUGUUACAGAACAGUGGUAAACAUGUUACUCCACAAUUCCCCCCACGGUUGAAAGUACAGUGCCUCAAACCAAACCAGUGGGCUAGGGUACCUAACCAAAGUCUUCAAGUCCAUGCAUUGAAGUUGUCAGACAUACGAGGUUGGUCGAUGUUGUGUGAGGAUGCUAUAUCCAUGCUUGCUCUGCACAUACCAGAGGAAGACCGUUGCAUAGAUAUCUUGGAGUUGAUAGAGGUUGACAAGUUGCUGAGUUUCCAUGCACAUACGUUGACUCUAUACGCGGCACUUUGUUACCAGAGCAAUUAUAGGGCAGCUCAUGUACUCUGUAAACAUGUCGACCAGAAACAGUUACUAUACGCUAUAAAGGCCGAAUACAUGAGCGGACCUCUCAGACAAGGGUUUUACGAUCUCUUGAUUGCUGUUCAUUUGGAAUCAGCUGCAACAACUAUGGAAGUAUGCAAAAACGAGUAUGUCAUUCCUAUCGGACAAGACCUGAAGGAUUUAUAUGAAAAUCCUGAAAUGGGUAACAGUUUAUGCAAAUUGAAAAUGGAAUCUGUACAACCAGUAAUGAAUAUGACGAACAUAACGGAUGUAAUAGAAGAUAUAAAAAAUCUCUAUUCCCCAUAUUUUCCUUUAGACGUGGUGAGAAACUAUGUUAUGACAGCUCUUGCUGAAGCCGUAGAAAUAAAUCAAGUACACAACAGAGAUCCAAUUGGAGGUUCAAAUGAAAACCUCUUUCUGCCUUUAUUGAAAUUAGUAGAUCGCCUUCUAUUAGUUGGCUUGCUUAGAGAUGAAGAUGUAAAUAAGCUUCUCAUCAUGGUAGACCCUGAAACUUGGGACCCAACCUUUGACAAAGAAGGCAAAAACGAACAUUCUAAGGGACUCCUUUCAAUGAAGAUGGCUGAAGGUGCUAAACUUCAGAUGUGUUACCUGUUGCACCAUCUCUGUGACAUACAGUUAAGACAUAGAGUAGAAGCCAUUAUAGCCUUCAGCACAGAUUUUGUUGGUGAAUUACAGAGCGAUCAGCUGAGGCGGUAUGUAGAAAUCAAACAAUCUGAUCUACCUUCAGCUGUAGCUGCUAAAAAAACAAAGGAAUUCAGGUGUCCCCCAAAGGAACAAAUGAAUGCUAUUUUAGGUUUCAAGAAUGUUGAGGAGGAAGACAAAGAAAAUUGUCCUCUAGGAGAUGAGCUAUCAGACAAGAUGAAGGAAAUGCAUGAUGUUUUGAUGGCUCACGUUUCUUUGCAAGCCUUACAAACAGAACCAAUGGAGGAGGUACCAGAAGAAGUUACAAGGCCUGGACCAAUGGAAAAGUUAUAUAAUCUGAUCAAUGCGGUGAAGGAACUGGAAGAAGAACCAAAACAAGAACCUGAACCAGAAAAAAAGACUCCCGAAGAGAUCUUUCGAAAAGUUCUCAUAGCCACCAUUGUAAAAUGGGCUGAGGAGUCUCAAAUUGAAACUCCUCAACUGGUGCAACAAAUGUUCAGCCUUUUCGUGAGGCAAUAUGAUUCGGUCGGUGAAUUGAUCAGGGCCCUGCAGAAGACAUAUAUAAUAAAUGCGAAAACAAAAUCGGACGUAGCUGAGAUGUGGGUGGGUCUGAGUAAGAUCCGCGCCCUAUUGCCUGUACAGAUGUCUCAGGAAGAAGAAGAAUUGAUGAGACAACGGUUGUGGAAAUUGGUGAACAACCAUACAUUUUUCCAGCAUCCUGAUCUCAUUAGGAUCCUCAGAAUUCAUGAGAACGUUAUGGCGGUGAUGAUAAACACUUUGGGCAGAAGGUCUCAGGCUCAGUCCGAUGCUAGUGCUCAGGCUCAAGCAGGGGAAGGAGAAGUAACAACAAAAGAAAAGGACACCUCUCACGAGAUGGUGGUCGCUUGCUGCAGAUUCUUGUGUUAUUUCUGCAGAACUGGACGUCAGAAUCAGAAGGCCAUGUUUGAACACUUUGACUUCCUGUUAGAUAAUUCUAAUAUCCUGUUAUCAAGGCCCAGCCUUAGAGGCUCAACACCACUGGAUGUUUCAUACUCCUCAUUGAUGGAGAACACCGAGCUGGCAUUAGCCCUCAGAGAACACUAUCUUGAGAAGAUAGCUGUGUAUUUGUCACGUUGUGGACUUCAGUCAAAUUCUGAGCUUGUUGAGAAGGGCUACCCAGACUUGGGUUGGGAUCCAGUUGAGGGUGAAAGGUACUUGGAUUUCCUGCGAUUCUGUGUUUGGGUUAAUGGAGAGAGUGUUGAGGAAAAUGCCAACUUGGUAAUUAGGUUGUUGAUCAGAAGACCAGAAUGCUUGGGACCCGCACUGAGAGGAGAAGGCGAAGGGCUACUGCGAGCCAUAAUCGAUGCAAAUAAGAUGUCGGAAAAAAUAGCAAACAGGAGAAAAAUGAUGGAUGAAGCGGAAGGACAACAGGAAAAUGGACAAUUUUCUCAUCCCCUUCCCGAAAGUGAUGACGACGAGGAUUAUAUUGACACAGGUGCAGCCAUUUUAAAUUUUUACUGCACCUUGGUAGAUCUUUUGGGACGUUGUGCUCCUGAUGCUUCUGUCAUAGCUUUGGGUAAAAACGAGUCGUUGAGAGCCAGAGCUAUUUUACGUUCAUUGGUGCCAUUGGAAGAUCUAAAGGGUGUCCUUAGUUUGAAAUUCUCACUGCACAAUCCUGCUGCUGGAGAGGAAAGGCCGAAGUCUGAUAUGCCAUCUGGUUUGAUACCGGGUCACAAGCAGUCUGUUGUUUUAUUCUUGGAAAGAGUUUAUGGAAUUGAAACUCAAGAGUUGUUCUUCAAACUGUUGGAGGAGGCUUUCCUUCCUGAUCUUAGAUGCGCCACUAUCCUUGAUAGAAACGAUGGUAGUGAAUCGGAUAUGGCCUUGAGUAUGAACCGUUACAUGGGUAACUCGAUAUUACCUCUCCUGAUCCAACACAGCAAGUUCUACAGUGAGGCUGAAAAUUACUCUUCACUUCUGGAUGCCACUCUGCACACAGUAUACAGGUUAUCCAAGAACCGUAUGCUUACCAAGGGCCAGAGGGAGGCUGUUUCCGAUUUCCUGGUCGCGUUAACCAGUCAACUACAUCCUUACAUGCUCUUGAAAUUACUGAGGAAGCUCACAGUGGAUGUGUCCAAUCUGUCUGAGUACACGACUGUCGCUCUGCGUCUUCUGACCCUGCAUUACGACAGGUGCGCCAAAUAUUACGGCUCUAGCACAGGCCAGGGUGCCUAUGGCGCCGCUAGCGAUGAGGAGAAGAGGCUCACCAUGAUGCUGUUCUCAAACAUAUUCGAUUCAUUAAGCAAGAUGGAUUACGAGCCCGAACUGUUCGGUAAAGCUCUGCCUUGCUUGACAGCUAUCGGUUGCGCUCUUCCACCUGAUUAUUCACUGUCUAAAAACUACGACGACGAGUGGUAUGCUAAUAAGACUGGAGGCGGUAACGGUCCCUACAACCCUCAACCCAUAAAUACCUCUUCGGUGCAGUUGAAUAACGAUCUGAACAGUAUCGUUCAGCAGUUCUCUGAGCAUUAUCACGACGCAUGGGCUUCGAGGAAAUUGGAGAACAAUUGGCAAUAUGGGGAUUCUUACUCUUGGGAACAGAGAAUACAUCCUAGGUUAAAGUCUUACUCGAUGCUUAACGAUUAUGAGAAGGAGCGAUACAAAGAACCGGUGAGAGAUUCCCUCAAAGCUCUACUAGCAAUCGGCUGGACUGUAGAACACACAGAAGUUGACCUGCCCACAAGCAGAAACAAUAGUCCUCGCCCAGUAUCCGGUGACGGUAGCUAUAACCCCCACCCCGUGGACAUGACCAACUUGAACCUUUCAAGGGAAAUGCAAAAUAUGGCUGAGCGUUUGGCGGAAAACGCUCACGAUAUCUGGGCGAAAAAAAAGAAGGAGGAGCUUAACACAUGCGGUGGUGGAGUGCAUCCGCAAUUGGUGCCUUACGAUCUAUUGACGGACAAGGAGAAGAAAAAGGAUAGGGAGAGGUCUCAGGAGUUUUUGAAGUACUUGCAAUAUCAAGGAUACAAGUUGCACAGGCCAAAUAGAGGUGCUGCUCAAGAGAAUGAGCAAGCUGGAGGCGGUCCUUCCAUAGAGCUUCGCUUCGCUUACAGCUUAUUGGAAAAGUUGAUUCAAUAUGCAGACAGAGCUACCAUCAACAUGAAACUACUGAAGCCGUCACAAACGUUCAGUAGGAGGAACUCUUACAAAACAUCAUCCAGGGAUAUAAAAUUCUUCUCCAAAGUCGUUCUACCGCUCAUGGAAAAGUAUUUCUCCACGCACAGGAACUACUUCAUUGCGGUAGCCACGGCUACCAACAACAUAGGAGCGGCCAGUUUGAAAGAGAAGGAGAUGGUGGCUUCUCUUUUCUGCAAAUUAGCAAGUCUAUUGAGAUCAAGGUUGGCCGCUUUUGGUGCUGAUGUUAGGAUAACUGUGCGUUGUCUACAAGUGUUAGUCAAAGGCAUAGAUGCUAAGUCUCUUGUCAAGAAUUGUCCAGAGUUUAUCAGGACGUCAAUGUUGACAUUCUUCAAUAACACAGCGGACGAUCUGAUGCAUACCAUCAUUAAUUUGCAAGAGGGUAAAUACAGUCAUCUUCGGGGGACGCAUCUGAAAACAUCGACUUCGCUAUUUUAUGUCGAUACAGUUUGUUUGCCCAUACUUACUGCCUUGUUCGAUCAUUUGGCUAACUGUGAAUACGGCAGUGAUUUAUUGUUGGAUGAAAUCCAAGUGGCUUCCUACAAGAUUCUCCAAGCUUUGUAUACUUUAGGCAUUGAUGCUACACUAACUCAUGAUAGAAAAUAUUUGAAAACCGAGAUAGAGAGGAAUAAACCAGCUUUAGGUUCUUGCCUUGGAGCAUUCAGUUCCACAUUUCCUGUUGCUUUUCUGGAACCUCAUUUGAAUAAACAUAACCCAUUCUCACUAGCUAAUAGGAUUGCAGAUCAUUCUUUAGAAGCCCAAGAUAUAAUGGCUCGAAUGGAAGGAUCAAUGCCAACUUUGGAAGCUAUUUUAACUGAAGUGGAUCAAUUCGUAGACAGUGAAAAAACAUACUCUGAUGCGCCUCAUGUGAUAGAUGUCAUUAUGCCAAUGCUUUGCUCUUAUCUCCCCUUUUGGUGGGCUCAAGGUCCGGAUAAUGUUAGUCCAACAGGAGGAACACAUGUAUCCAUGGUAACAGCAGAACAUAUGAAUCAGUUACUCAAAAACGUUUUGAAAUUGAUAAAAAAAAAUAUCGGUAACGAGUCGGCACCUUGGAUGACAAGGAUAGCCGCUUAUACCCAACAGAUAAUCAUAAACAGUAGUGAGGAACUGCUCAAGGAUCCAUUCUUGCCCUUAGCAGAAAGGGUCAAGAAAAGGACAGAGGCUAUGUAUCAUAAAGAAGAGAGUAUGAGAGGGUUUAUAAAAAGUAGUUCUGAUGACACAUCUCAGAUUGAAGCACAAAUUCAAGAAGACUGGCAGUUAUUAGUUAGGGAUAUUUAUUCAUUCUAUCCAUUACUUAUCAAAUAUGUAGACCUACAAAGGAAUCAUUGGUUAAGGCAUAACAUAGCGGAAGCUGAAGAUCUCUAUAAUCAUGUCGCUGACAUAUUCAAUAUCUGGUCGAAGUCACAGUACUUCUUGCGUGAAGAACAGAACUUCAUAUCGGCAAAUGAGAUUGACAACAUGGUUUUAAUAAUGCCAACUGCCUCUAGAAGAAGUGUUGUGCCCGAAGGUGGCCAAAGUGGAGGAGGAAAGAAAAAGAAAAAAAAUAGGGACAAGAAGCGCAACAAGGACAAAGAGAUUCAGGCUUCUCUAAUGGUGGCAUGUUUGAAACGUCUGCUUCCUGUUGGUUUAAACCUAUUCGCUGGCAGAGAACAGGAACUGGUGCAACACUGCAAGGACAGAUUCUUGAAGAAAAUGCCAGAAUAUGAUAUCAUAGAUUUUGCGAAGAUUCAACUUACUCUACCCGAUAAGAUAGAUCCAGCCGAUGAAAUGUCAUGGCAACACUAUUUGUACAGUCAAUUAGGUAGUAAAAAAAGCGUAACCAUUGGCAUUGAUAAUAACGGCAAAAAUCAAUUGGAGGAGACUGUGGAUAGAAUAGUGGCAAUGAGUAAAGUGUUAUUUGGAUUGCACAUGAUUGACCACCCACAACAACAACAAAAGGGCGUAUAUCGCAGUGUAGUUUCCACCCAAAGAAAAAGGGCAGUCUUGUCUUGCUUCAGACAAGCCUCUCUCCACAGUUUACCGAGACAUAGAGCGAUCAAUAUUUUCAUACGUUCAUAUUGUGAACUGUGGCUUCAGGAUGAAAACGUCGGUCAGGAAGUGAUGAUCGAAGAUCUAACUCAAAGUUUCGAAGAUUCUGAAUUGAAAAAGCAGGACGAACAGGAGGAAGGUGAUAAACAUGAUCCGCUAACACAGCUGGUAACUACUUUUUGUCGAGGUGCCAUGACGGAACGUUCUGGAGCUCUCCAGGAGGAUCCUUUAUACAUGAGCUACGCAGAAAUUAUGGGGAAAUCUUGUGGAGAAGAGGAAGAGGAAGGCGAGGAAGAAGGUGGCGGUGAAGGAGGUGGUGAAGGUGAAGAAGGAAAUUCUUCCAUUCAUGAACAAGAAAUGGAGAAGCAGAAGCUCCUCUUCAACCAAGCCAGGCUUGCCAACCGCGGUGUGGCCGAGAUGGUGCUGCUGCACAUCUCGGCUUGCAAGGGAAUCCCAUCCGACAUGGUGAUGAAGACACUCGAACUGGGUAUAUCCAUAUUGAGAGGUGGUAACUUCGACAUCCAGAUGGGUAUGCUCAAUCACCUGCAGGACAAAAAAGACGUUGGCUUCUUCACCAGCAUAGCGGGCCUGAUGAACAGCUGCAGCGUUUUGGACCUAGACGCCUUCGAAAGGAACACAAAGGCGGAAGGUUUGGGCGUCGGUUCAGAAGGCGCCGCUGGCGAGAAGAACAUGCACGAUGCUGAGUUUACCUGCGCCUUGUUCAGGUUUAUUCAGCUGACCUGUGAAGGACACAAUCUGGAAUGGCAAAACUAUCUGCGUACUCAAGCGGGCAACACAACAACGGUCAAUGUUGUUAUUUGUACUGUUGAUUACCUACUGCGACUCCAGGAAUCCAUAAUGGACUUCUACUGGCACUAUUCCAGUAAAGAAAUCAUAGAUGCCGCCGGUAAGGCUAAUUUCUUCAAGGCAAUAGGAGUUGCAAGUCAAGUAUUCAAUACCCUUACUGAAGUCAUUCAAGGUCCUUGCACGUUGAAUCAACAAGCAUUAGCACAUUCCAGAUUGUGGGACGCUGUAGGAGGUUUUCUGUUCCUCUUCUCUCACAUGCAAGAUAAACUUUCCAAACAUUCCAGUCAAGUGGAUUUGCUCAAAGAACUGCUCAAUCUACAGAAAGACAUGAUAACCAUGAUGUUGUCUAUGCUUGAAGGCAACGUUGUCAACGGUACUAUUGGUAAACAGAUGGUUGACACCCUGGUAGAGAGUGCUUCCAAUGUUGAACUUAUUUUGAAGUAUUUCGAUAUGUUCCUCAAAUUAAAUGAGUUGACUUCGAGCGCCAGUUUCCAAGAGAUCGACUUCAAUAACGACGGAUGGGUUUAUCCCAAAGACUUCAAAGAGAAAAUGGACCAACAGAAGAGUUAUACACCGGAAGAAAUUGAAUUCCUCUUGGUUUGCUGUGAAACCAACCAUGACGGCAAAGUGGACUAUGUUGGUUUCAUAGACCGCUUCCAUGAACCAGCGAAAGAAAUCGGUUUCAACUUGGCUGUUCUGCUUACCAACCUGUCAGAGCACAUGCCAAAUGAACCAAGACUUGCCAAGUUCUUAGAAACCGCUAGUUCUGUUUUGAACUACUUCAAACCAUUCCUUGGGCGUAUAGAAAUCUUGGGUAGUAGCAAGAGAAUAGAGAGAGUAUAUUUUGAAAUCAAGGAGUCGAAUAUUGAACAAUGGGAGAAACCACAAAUCAAGGAAUCAAAACGUGCUUUCUUCUAUUCCAUCGUGACAGAAGGUGGUGAUAAAGAGAAGUUAGAAGCAUUCAUAAAUUUCUGCGAAGAUGCAAUCUUUGAAAUGCAGCAUGCAAGCGGUCUAAUGUCUACAGAGGAAUCCGGCGAGGGGGGACCAACCAGAGCGACCAGUUAUAGCUACAUGACGGAUGAAGAAGAAGAAAGGAGCAAAAGAGAUCCGUUCCGCAGGGGCUUCCAAACAGUCAAGGAUGGCGUAUCAUACGGGUUAUCCUCUAUGAGUCCCUCCAAUAUAAAGCACAAAGUCGUGGAGAUGCAACAGAUGACCGUUCCCGAGCUGUGCUUGGCUUUUUUCAAACUUAUUUUCAACACAUUCUACUACUCCGGUUACGGAGUCGCCAUAGUCAUGCAAUUCUUCAUGGGUAUUUUGAUGUCUUUGAUGCGGGGACCGGUAGUGGAAGAGCCUGUCGUCGAAGUGAAGGAAGAGGAAAAAUCCGGCCAUCUCAGGAUGCUGCCAGCGCUACCAUCUGCUGAAGAACAAAACUCGCAGAUGCAGGCGUUUGGAAUGGAUGUGGUUAAAGAAGAUAACGGACAAUAUAAAAUGAAUGCCCAUGACUCGCCCACUGGUAGCCAAUUAUCUUCUGGUGAUGGGGAAACUACUCCAGAGGAAGGUGCUGAAACCCAUAGCGAAUCCGAAACUCAAGAAAUACCCAUGUCACUUUCAGAUCUCCUGGGCGGAGAACAGGCCAAACUUGCCGCUCAAGAAAAAGCAGAGGCCCAAGCCGCACAACAAGCAGCGAUGCAGGCAGUUGAAUCUGAAGGAAAACAACAAGGAUCGACGGAACCUUCCGCUGUUUCGCAGAUAAACUUUGGUGCUUAUGGAAAACGUGCUGUUUCAUUCUUGGCAAGGAAUUUCUACAACCUCAAGUUGGUGGCUCUCGUAUUAGCUUUCUGUAUCAAUUUCAUGCUGCUCUUCUAUAAGGUGUCGAAUCUAUCUGAAGGACUUGAUGGCAGUGGUAGCAAAGGUAUAGAUGAUAUUAUCAGUGGCUCUGGUAGUGGUAGCGGCGCGGGCGAAGGAUCUGGUGAAGAAGAUGAUGAUCCCCUAGAAAUGGUGCAUGUAGAUGAAGACUUCUACUAUAUGACCCACGUCAUGAGAUUGGCCGCUAUGAUACAUUCACUUGUUUCCCUAGCUAUGUUGAUAGCUUACUAUCAUCUUAAGGUUCCUCUCGCAAUCUUCAAAAGGGAAAAAGAAAUCGCGAGACGGUUGGAAUUCGAAGGACUGUACAUCGUGGAACAACCAGAAGAUGAUGAUUUAAAAUCCCACUGGGACAAAUUAGUGAUUUCUGCCAAAUCCUUCCCUGUGAACUACUGGGACAAAUUUGUGAAGAAAAAAGUACGACAGAAGUACAGUGAAACUUACGAUUUCGACUCUAUUAGCAAUUUGCUUGGAAUGGAGAAGACUUCCUUCCAACAACAAGAGACAGAGGAAGGAAAAGGACUCAUACAUUUCAUUUGCUCUAUUGACUGGAGAUAUCAGAUAUGGAAGUCUGGAGUUACGAUCACCGACAACUCAUUCUUGUACUCCCUUUACUACUUUGUUUUCUCCAUAUUAGGAAACUUCAAUAAUUUCUUCUUUGCCGCCCAUCUUCUAGAUGUCGCGGUGGGUAUAAAGGCCUUGAGAACGAUCUUACAGUCUGUUACUCACAAUGGAAAGCAACUUGUACUUACUGUUAUGCUAUUGACUAUCGUAGUAUACCUGUAUACAGUGAUAGCGUUCAAUUUCUUCCGAAAGUUCUAUGUAUCAGAUGAAGAGGACACAGUUGAUAGGAAGUGUCAUGAUAUGUUGACUUGUUUCAUAUUCCACCUUUAUAAAGGAGUGAGAGCUGGUGGUGGUAUAGGUGAUGAAAUUGAACCACCAGACGGUGAUGACUAUGAAGUUUACCGAAUAAUGUUCGACAUCACUUUCUUCUUCUUUGUUAUUAUUAUACUAUUGGCCAUUCUUCAGGGUCUUAUCAUCGAUGCCUUUGGUGAGCUUCGUGAUCAAUUAGAGAGUGUUAAAAAUGACAUGGAAUCUAAUUGUUUCAUUUGUGGCAUGGGUAAAGAUUAUUUUGAUGCAGUUCCACGUGGUUUCGACACCCAUGUGGCACAAGAGCAUAACUUAGCAAAUUAUAUGUUCUUCCUUAUGCAUCUCAUCAACAAACCAGACACUGAGUUUACUGGUCAAGAAACAUAUGUUUGGAACAUGUAUCAGCAAAGAUGUUGGGACUUCUUCCCAGUUGGUGAUUGUUUCAGGAAACAGAAUGAAGAAGAACUUGGAGUUGGAGGAGGUUAAAAUUCACUAAAAAAUCUCGAUUUUAUGAAGAUUUAAUGGAUUGCUGGUAUCCACACGCCACAACACAAAUAAGUGUUUUUUUGCUAUACCUUAGGUGUUUUAAGAUUGAUCAUCAAAAUGCCUUAACUAUUACUAUUAUUAUUAUUGUAAUUUAUAAAUAAUAAACUUGUUUAUGAGUA